UAUCGUAGACCAAAGAAAACCUGUGCAACAAGCCAAAAUUGGAGAGAAUGUAACAAUGGAGUGCUACUUUUCUAAUAAAGAUUUUAACCUCAUUGUGUGGUAUAAGCAGGUAGUGGGAAAGCCACAGCCUAUAGUUAUGUCUUACAAUUAUGGCAAAAAUGUUCUGUUUCUUAAAGGCUUUGAGGAUGGACACUUCAGUGUCACAGCUGGAAUUGAAACUUACAAUCUAAACAUUUUCAAAGUAAAACUAGAAGAUGUAGCUACUUAUUACUGUGGAGUGAUAAAGACAAAUGCAUUGGCUUUUGGCUUUGGAACAUUUUUGAUGAUAACCGGAAAACAAUUAGAUACAAGACGAAUUCUACAGCAACCUCAUUUAACAUUUCUUUAUCUUGGCGAUAACAUCACUUUGAAGUGUACAGUAAAAUUCAUGGAGGAGAAAACAUGUUCACAAAACAAUGUCUACUGGCUCAAACAAAGUAUAGCAGAAGUUCAAUCCAAAAGCAAAAAGUCAAAAAGUUAUAUAGAUAGAGCUUAUUUUAUAAUGACUGCUGAGCUUGGUGCUGUUACAAAGACAUGUAUCUACAAUUAUACAAUAACAAACCUCACAAUCUCCAAUGUUGGGACGUAUUACUGUGCUGUGGAUGUAGAUGGAGAAAUUAUAAUCGGAAAUGGAACUAAGAUCAGUAUCACUGACAUGGAUUUACGAUUAAACUACAUUUUCGUUACGACUGCCACUGGGGUGCGAACUCCCGACAGUUAUAUCUGUAUGUAA